AACCCUCCUCCUGGUGGGGAGCAGCAGAGCACAGCUUCAGCUGAAUCAGAGAGGAGGAAGAGGAGGAGGAGCGGAUGGAUGCCCGCCUGGGAUCAGCCACCAACAGAACCAGCACCGACCCUCCUCCGACCGGGACCAGCUCCGGGUUUAAUCAUUAUUGUGGGAAUGGAAGAGGAGGGCCUUGCUUUGAUCAACAUGGCGGACAACAAAGCGCAGGGACUGGGGUAGGAGCGGCGGCGCACACGGUACACGGCAGCACCAUGGACCAGGUCCACAACAACACCCACGACGGCUUCACCAGCGGCAGCCCCUACAACCACUACCCGAACUACCGGGCCGGAUACGGCACCAGUGGUUACGGCGGCAUGAUGAGCCCCUCCCGGCAGGGGAACAGCCUGAUGGGCCCGGGCAGCAAGGCGGCGAUGGCUGCUCCCAGCUCCGGGGCUGGAGGCGCCGGAGGGUUCCAGCGGUUCCCCGGACAGGGUCAGCAGCAGCAGCACCCGUCGGGGGCCACGCCGACCCUAAACCAGUUAUUAACGUCUCCGAGCCCGAUGAUGCGCGGCUACGGAGGCGGGUAUCCAGAUUAUAGUAAUCCUGCGGAAGACACGGGCUCCCAGUACGGUUCAGCAGCACACGGCUGGGGGGGACAACAGCGGAGUCAACCUCCGAGCAUGAGUCCCGGGAGCAACGGGCCGAGCAGCGCCAGAUCACAGGUGCCGCCCAUGGACCCGAUGGUGAUGAAGCGCUCUCAGCUCUACGGGAUGAGCAGCAGCCCGUACCCCCAGCAGCAGGCUGCGCCGUACCCCGGACAGCCCUAUGGAUCCACGUUCCCCCACAGAUACCAGGUGUCGGGCCGGGCCCAGGCGGGGCUGGGCGGGAUGCAGUACCCUCAGCAGCAGAUGGGCUCUCAGUUCGGCCAGCAGCAGCAGAACAUGAGUGGUUACUGUCAGCCUGGUCAGCCUCCGUACUUCAGCCCCCCGCAGCAACAAACUGCCGCCCCCAGCCAACCGCCGUACAUGCAGCCCCGCCCACUGCCGCCGCAGGAAGUGCCACAGGAAGCAUACGGGGGACGGGGCAAGUCUGCCGCUAUGACUCCUGGGAAACCGAACCACGAGGACGUGAGUCUGAGCCAACAGGAGAGGCCGUCGAGUCUACCGGAUCUGUCCGGUUCCAUCGACGACCUGCCCACCGGGACAGAAGCCGCCAUCACUUCAGGGGUCUCAGGUUCCGGCGGUGCUCAGGGCGACCAGGGGACUCCAGGAGCCCGGUCACCCUUCUCCCCCCACGUCUCCCCCCGCCUCCCUCCUCCGGCUCGGACAGGACCCUCUCCCUCUCCCUCCCCGUCACCGUCCCCUGCCGGCUCCGGCAGCCAGCCGCGGUCUGGACCCCUGUCCCCCAGCGGUCCAGGGUCUCAGUUGAUCCCUCAGGUCUCUGGUCCUGGAUCAGAUGGUGAUCUUCACUCGUCCCAAUCAACCAUGACUCCUGACAGAGGUUUCCCCCCAUCCCUGCAGCGCAGCACCCAGGGGUCUCAGUUUGGUGUCCCCCCCAUGUCCCCUCACUCUGCACCGGUGGGGCCGAUGCACCAUGGCCCCUACCAGCAGAGCAGCCACUCCUACAGCCAGUUCAGCCCCCCAGGUAACUAUCCUCGGCCCCCUCACUACGGCGGGACACCUGGUGCCAGCUACAGCGGCCCAGGACCCGGCCCGGGGCCUGGACUGUCCAACAGCUUGGGGCCCAAUGCCACUAGCCCUAUGCACGGACAAGGGCCCUCCACCCCGGCAAGCCGCAGCCUGGGGCCCAACGCUGGGAGCCGCCCCUACCCCACCGGAGCCGGGAGCAUGGCCCCCACCUCCCCCAACAUGCCGCAGGCCGCAGGACAGGGCAUGGGACCACCGGGGCCCAACGCCAGCUGUAAACCUCCUGAGAUGGGCCCCAACCCUGGACCAAGUGCCAACUCCUUAUCUUCUGCGAGCACCACCCAGACCAGACCUCCCUUUGCUCGCUCGCCCGUCUAUCACCAGUCCUGGCAGGGGGGUCGGCCCGCCAUCACUCCCUCCCCUCACCCACCUCACCCUCCUUACCCCUCCCAGCAGAACUCUGUUGUCCAGACUGGCCCUGAGCAUUAUGGGCAGGGCAGCUAUCCAGGCAUGACACAGGUUGGAGGUCCUGGAGGUCCCUACAGCCACCAGUCAGGCAGCAACUCUGGGAGGAUGACUCCACAGGGACCCGCCUACAGCGCUCCUGGCCUCAAGAUGAUGUCAGCAGACCUGAUGGGUCCUCACGGAGACGCCAAGCUGAGGAUGGAGCUCAGCAGAGAGGCCGCCGGCCCCCCGGCCGAUCCACCCAGAACCAAGGAUGGAUAUAGCUCUCUGUGUGUGUCACAGCCCCCCACCACCCCCUGCCUGUCCCCUAGCUCAGCCAGCAUGUCCUCCUUUGUGGGGGAGGACAGUGACAGUGUUAGCAGCCCUGCCUGGCUCAGAACUCCGCCCAGCCCUAAGCCCAACGCAGCCACCAUGACCAACGAGAAGAUCAGCCGUCUGUACGAGAUGGGCUCUGAGCUGGAGAGGAGGUUGUGGGUGGACCGGUACCUGUCCUUCAUGGAGGAGAGGGGGACACCUGUCCAAAACCUGCCCGCUGUUGGAAAGAAGCCUCUGGACCUGUGCAGGUUCUACCUGGCUGUCCGAGAGAUCGGAGGUCUGGCCAUGGUGAAUAAGAACAAGAAGUGGCGCGAGCUGUCGUCUCUGCUGAACAUGGGAACGUCCAGCAGCUCAGCCAGCUCCCUGAAGAAGCAGUACAUCCAGUACCUGUUCGCCUACGAGUGCAAGAUGGAGCGAGGGGAGGAGCCUCCGCCGGACGCCAUGACGACCGCCGGAGACACCAAGAAACCCCAGUCCCACCAGGCCAAGAUUCAGCCUCCCUCCCCAGCCAACUCAGGCUCCCUGCAGGGUCCCAACACCCCUCAGUCCAGCAGCAGCUCGCUCACCGAAGCCCCCGUAGACCUGAAGCCCCCGACCCCGGCCCCAGCACCACUCAGCCAGACGACCCCCCAGACAGGAAGCAGGAACAUGGGGGGUGUCAGCAUUCAGGACCCGUUUUCUGAAGGCAGCGACCCAGCCUUCCAGAACAAGAGGGUCCCGGGCCCCACAGCCGGCGCCCUCCAGCAGGGAGCAGGUCCAUCAGACCUGAGGAUGCAGUACGAUGCCAACAAAGACCCGUAUGGAGGCCCGCGGAAAGGUCCAGUUCCUGGUGAGGCCUUCAGUCCUGGUCAGAUGCCCAGCAGUGCCAUGCAGGACAUGUACCCCCGUGGGCCUCUCUCUGGACCCCUGUCAGGGAUGGGCUCCAAACCUCAGUACUCCUACGGUCCCGGCUUCGAGCGGAGACUGGACCAGGGGGUGGGUCCUGAGGGAGGCCCGGUGCUGCCCGCAGGUGAGAACAGCAUGGGUCCGUCUGGAAACGAGGCCGGAAUGUUUCCCUCCAACAGAUUCCCCCAGCAGAGACAUGGACCUGAUGGCUACAUGCAGCAGUUUCCUCCCAGCAGGGCCUACAGUCCCCAUCAGACCCUGUUCCCCCAACAGCAGGGCUACAAGCGUCCGAUGGAGGGGGUGUUCCCUCCACCCGCUAAGCGCCACGAGGGCGAGGCCUUCGGGUCCCCACAGUCCGACGUGUUCGGCCCCUACGGAUCAGGAAACGGGGGCUACAUGGGCCCUGAGCGUCGGCCUGUCCAGGGUCAGUACCUGUACCCGUACCCCCGGGACAGACAGGGACCUCCAACAUGUGGCGUGAUGAGUUCAGGGGGUCCGGCGGUGUCUGGGGGCCCCGGAGAAGGGCCACAGUCCAACAUGUGGCCCCCCAGGACAGAUGUGGGGUACACCUACAGCCGGCAGGGCCAGGGGCCUCCCUACCCCGCCAUCAACCGAGGGGACGAACAGGAGGCCAGGACCCCCCAGGACACACAGUGGCCCCCCAAUCAGCUUAACCAGCGUCAGCCACCCUUCCCUCCACCCUCCUCCUCCACACCCCCCUCCAGACCUCCCCCCUCCUCCUUCCAGGCCACACCCACCAUCCCAAACCACGUGACACGCCCCCACAGCCCCUCCUGCUUCCCUCGACCCCCGGCCGGUUCUCUGUCCCCCAACAGCUCCCCCUACCUGCCCCCCACCAAGAAGCCGGGUCUGCCUGGGGCCCAAACCGGACCCCCGCCUGCCCAGAGCCUCCCCCUCAUCUACAGAGAGGUCAGCUUCCCCCACAGCUCUGUGGAGGCCACGCCCCCGAAACUGAAACCACGGAGACGCCUGACAGCCAAGGACACAGGAACCCCGGAGGCGUGGCGAGUGAUGAUGUCACUGAAGUCGGGGCUGUUGGCAGAGAGCACGUGGGCGUUGGACACCAUCAACAUCCUGCUGUAUGACGACAGCACCUCUGGCUCCUUCAACCUGACUCAGCUGACCGGCUUCCUGGAGCUCAUUGUGGAGUUCUACCGCCGCUGCCUCAUUCAGAUCUUUGGCAUCCUGGAGGAGUACGAGGUUGGGGCCGAGGCCCAGAAGACCCUGCUGGGGCCGGUCUCUGAAGGUCAGGCUGAGGAGGUGCCUCUGCUAGCUGCUCCUGAGGAGAGGGAGGACAGCAAACCUGUCCAGGAGGACACGGAGCCCCGCCCCCAACAGAGCAGCAAGUUUGACAAACUGCCAAUCAAAGUGGAGGAGACGGGGGAGGGGUGGGAGGAGGUGGAGGAGCGCUGGGCCCGACUGGACCGGCCCAACGGCUUCAUCAGCGGCCUCCUGCACUGGAGGGCCGGAGGAGGAGACUCCACAGCUCACAUCCACACGCACUUUGAGCCUCCAACAGGAGACUUCACCCCACCAGAUCCAGACCUGAUGGAGGGGGGACCAGGAGAGGAGGGGGCUGAAGAACGAGGAGGUCCACAGCCUGAGGUCAAAGGUCAGAGGACGUCUCCCCUCAGCCAGCUGGAGGAGGAGGCGCGGUGUUGGGACGAGGCGCCGCUGUCCACGGCCGAGUCCUGGCAGGACUCUGUGGCCAAACGCUGCGUCUGCAUCUCCAACAUCAUGAGGAACCUGUCCUUUGUCCCUGGCAACGACGCCGUCCUGUCCCGCCACCCGGGCCUGGUUCUGAUCCUGGGCCGCCUGGUGCUGCUGCACCACCGCCACCCCGUCAGGAAGCGCACGCCGCCCACCUACCAGCGGGAGGAGGAGCAGGGUCUGGCCUGCAGCCGGGACGAGUGGUGGUGGAGCUGCCUGGCGGCGCUGCGGGAGAACACGCUGGUGACGCUGGCCAACAUCGCGGGCCAGCUGGACCUGUCCCUGUACCCCGAGACCAUCUGCCUGCCCAUCCUGGACGGACUGCUGCACUGGAUGGUGUGUCCGUCCGCCGAGGCCCAGGACCCGUUCUCCUCGGCGGGCGGCUUCUCGUCGCUCACGCCGCAGAGACUCGUCCUGGAGUGUCUCUGCAAGCUGAGCGUCCAGGACUGCAACGUGGACCUGCUGCUGGCCACACCCCCCUUCAGCCGCCAGCAGCGGCUCUUCUCCGCCCUGCUGCGCCUGGUGGGCGAGAGGCGGAGCCAGGUGUGCCGGGAAAUGGCGGUGGCGACGCUGUCCAACUUGGCGCGGGGCGACCCCACGGCGGCGCGGGCCAUCGCCCUGCAGAAGGGCAGCGUGGGAACUCUGAUCGGCUUCCUGGAGGACAGCCUGGCCGUGGCCCAGUACCAGCAGAACCCUCACAGCCUGCUGCACGCCACGCCGCCCCCGGAGCCGCCCAGCAUCAACAUGAUGUGCCGCGCCGCCAAGGCGCUGCUGUCCUUGGCGAGCGUGGAGGAGAACCGGGAGGAGUUCGUCCUGCUGGAGAGUCGGCUGCUGGACAUCUCGCUGUCCGCCGCCCUCAGCCCGGCUGUGGCGUCCGUCAUGUGCGAAGUACUGUUCAAGCUCAGCCGCUCGUGACACCAACACCGCUCAGUGGGGCUGGCACCACCGCACCAACCGGGUCCUAUCUUUAUUUAAGGAACAGAAACAAAGGUUUUUACAAAUGAUUCUAUAUAGAAAAUCUAUAUCUUUAGCUCCGCCCACAAACUUUUAUUUGACUUUUAAAAAAUGAAAUUUAUUUAAUACUUUUUAUUUUUUAAACAUUAUUUGUCAGUUUUGUUUUGUUUGAACCAAAGUGUUACGACGCUCAGGUUUCUGGUCAUUUCUUUGUUUGCUCUGAGGGGGCGGGGUCAGUUUGAGGUGGGCGUGGUUUAUUUAAUCGGACAGGUUGUAGAUAAAUCUGGGUUUGACGGAGGAAACGCUGAUGUUCAGUUGUGUUCUUUGUUCUGGUGCAAUAAGUUUGUUUUUAAAUGUGAAUUUUUGGACUGUGUGCAGUUCGAUCACCAGUAUUUCACCACUGGGGGGUCAGGGGGUCCAUUUCUGUUGAACAACUCUUUCCUGUAAAAAGACAAUGUACAUUAGUUUUCCAGCAGAUGGCGCCGUUGGCAGCAGCACCUGGGGUCUGAUCUGGAGGGGUGGGGCCACAUGUCUACAGGAAGUAGGGGGUGGGACUUUACUCCUGUUGACCUGAUGUCAGAAACCGUUGUAAGAAAUGUAAAAAGAGAGAAAAAAAAAAAGUUUCUCUUGUAUGAGAUCUUUAUAUGUUCCACGACACGUUAAAGAAUAAACGUACAUGAACUCUGA